AUGCACAUAAUAUGGUAUUUCCUCUUCUUCACGUCUGAGUUUGUUUAUUCACGUCGAGCUUUUAUUAAUGUCCAUAAGAAUAAUAUUAUAAAUAACAAACUUGGAGUUAAUAACACAUACAACAAGAAUGCACUAUAUCAGAGUUCGUCAAAGGUUCCCAUUUCUCAGAUGAUUACAAAAAAGCAAAUAAUAGAAGAAGUAUCCAUGGAAACAAAGGAGAGCAAAAAGACAGUUGAGAAAAUUAUGAAUGGAAUAUUUGAUAAUAUUUAUAAACAUUUAGAAAAUAAUGAAAAGAUUUAUAUUCACAAAUUUGGAAUGUAUUAUAACAUUUUUAGAAAAAAAAGGUGUAUUAAAAACAUGAGAACGAAGGAAGAUAUUCACAUAGAAAGUAGUCAUAUGCCUCAUUUUAAAUUCUCAAAAAUAUUCAGAGACCUCAUAAAGGUAAAUGUAAAGACAAAAAAAGAUGAUACGGAAGAUGACGAAAAUGAAUUAAACGAAGAAAACAUGAAUAUGGGAAGUAUUAAUGAGAGUUUUAAUGAAAACGUGAAUGAAAAGUUGAUUUAUUAA